CCCGUUCAUUCGAUAACGAUGACUUCCUCCCCCCUCUCGCAACCCCACCACUUGCGGAACUGAACCGAUACCUUACCUAGAUAAUAGAUAUUCUAAGCGAGCUUAUCACUUUUUUACGUCCACUUGUGCAAAUUAUAUUUAAACUUACAGUAAGAUUGUGCAUUUAAUCAUGUUUUGUAGUUUCUCGGGAGGUACACUGGUGUGUUCUUUGGUUAAUAAUAUUCGAGCAGCGUCAAUCAACCUUCGAGUGAACUCAAGUUUUUGUUUUUAUCUGUAAUGUGCCACUUGCCUUCUCCGCUACUUCAGUGAGCAAGAUCAUUCCAGUGUCUAGCAUUUUUGCAGUUCGUUUAAGUUGUUAAUCUUACGCUAUUGUCGCGACGCAAAGUUUAAUUUCCCAUCUGAUCCGCAAUUAGUUGAGUUACUUAAUCUUUCACAACGAUCUGUAGAACUUCUACCCAUGAAAAUUUUUGAGGUUAUGUGUCUCAAGAUGUCCACUGUCAGGAACUGCAUUGUCGGAGUGAGCUGCUUGGGACCGUUUUCAAAUGGAAUUAUCUGAUUCCAAAUGGUCAGCAUUUUUGGAUUCCAUUUCGAUUACCCGAUGACUCAUGUGUUUACAUAUGAAUGCCCGACCAAACGCUCAACGAUCUUAAGAGGUUGAUGUGAACUAUCGGGUUGCGUUUACAAACAGCAGAUUAAAACGAAAUUAAGUCAAGUUUACACUAACAAGGCACCUUUGGACUACUCUUGUCAGCUUUUCAGAAAAUUUGUCAAAAUGAACGGAUGUGUAUAGUAUGGAUUCUCCCCCGUCAUGCUCUGUGACAUUAUCAGAGAUAUUGGUGCUGAGUGAAGAUAGCGGACUUCUCUUGACAAGUGAUCACAGUGGCUCUCUCGAUGUCGUGUCAUCGUGCAGUGAUCAAAGCUCUCAUUGUUAUUACACAAUGGAGUGCCCAGAGAGCGAGGAUGAGGAGGAAACCGAUAAAAGCGGUUUGAUUCAUGACAACCUUUGCAAUGAAAAUUGUAAUACUGUCAAGAGGUAUCCAAAAAAGGUUCCAGAGAUGGAGAAACAACUCAUCCCGACCAUUGAUCCUCCUCUCGAAUUCCAAGACAAGCCUCCUUCGUCCAGUCAUGAUCUUUCAGUGGAGCUCAUCCAAGAAGUUGCAGAAGAAAUCACUGACUCUAUUAUUAGUGAGUGUAUGAGGCUUUUCAUUUCUGAGCACUUGAAACCAGAUGAAGAUCCUCCCAGCCUGAACAAAAUGGAUGCUAAAACAAGCCAAAAAAGGAUGUUUUGGACAUCGGAACUAAUUUACUCAACAAGCUCUCGUAGUUCGCUCUCUUCUUCUCGGCUCUCUAGUUCCCACAACUCACUUUCGGUCACUGCAGCCAACAAAGUUGAUGACUCAAGUUUUAUUACAUCAGCAAUGUCACAUGAUAUCUUAAGCAUUACUGAUAUGUACAAUGUACCGUUAGAUAGUGAUAUUUAUGCUAUCCCAGCGGACUCAGUGCGAGGGAAGGACAAGAAAAAAGUUCCACAUAAGCUCUAUCGAUACAAUACGUCUAAGAAGAAGGACCCCCUCUCGUCCAUUGAGAGUAAUGUAUCCUCGUCCUUUUGUAAUUACAAUCCAAACCGGAAACAGAAACGCAAUUCUACUCCUAGUCGAUCCAUGUCCACCCUAGCUUCCGGUGAACCUAUUCAAAUGACCCUUCAGCAAGUGCGACAGUUUUUACACAAUCUGUACUCAAGUUCAAGUAGUGAAACUUUAUCCAAAACGAAGCAAGCUGUUUACAAAAGUUACAACUUGAAUGUAAACGAUGGCCGGGGUCAAAUUAUGAAGACCAAUGGCAGUAGAAGGAUUGUAAAGUGUAAAAAGAGUAAAAAUUUAAGUAAAAAAACCAAAGAUUCUUGUGAUAAUAAAAAUUUAUCAUUUAAUUCAAAUGUAAAUAAUAAUAAUGUCAAUAGCACUAGUAAUAAUAAUAACUUAGAUGGAUUUAGUGAUUUACAAAAAAACGGUGUUGAUGGAGUAAAAAAACUGACACAACCGCCUCCAAGCAGAAGUAGUUUUAAGUCUAGUUUAAAGCAGACUCUGUGCAAUUUGUUUCGGCUUCGAAAAUACUCAUCACCUGCAGAGUCAGAAACGCAACCCACAGACACAGUAUUGGUCGUUGAUGUGAGUAAACCACCUUUCCAGAAGCGUGCACUACCACCAGUUCCAGGUGUGUCCAUCACAUUUCCACAACCGGACAUUGAGAAGUUCAAUCAACAAGAUAGCAUCAUGGAUUUUGCCACUAACAUUGAGAAAGUGAAAGAUUAUGGCUGGUACUGGGGUCCAAUUUCUGGUGAAGCAGCAGAGAAAAUUUUGUCCAACGAACCAGACGGGUCUUUCAUUGUACGAGACAGCAGUGAUGACCAUUAUAUCUUCUCCCUCACUUUCAAGCUGAACGGUUGUGUGCGGCACGUUCGAAUUGAGCAUGAUCAGGGUAAUUUUAGUUUUGGUAGCUGUACAAAAUUCAAAAGUCACACUAUAGUCGAUUUUAUAGAAAAUGCAGUUGAGCACUCCAGAAGUGGUCGCUACUUAUUUUUUUUACAUCGACGGCCAAUUCUUGGCCCCAUGAGAGUUCAGCUUCUCCAUCCUGUCUCAAGAUUUAAGCAAGUCCAAAGCUUACAACACAUGUGCAGGUUUGUAAUUUUGAAACAUGUAAGGAAAGAUUUGAUUCCUCAGCUACCGCUACCAAGAAGAAUGAUUGACUACUUGAAUGUUCCUCACUAUUAUUCUGAAGAAUUUUUUGAAGAAGAACAAACUGAAAUCUCAUCACCACUGCAUUUUUUCUCUUUUGUUGCCCCACAAUAAUUCUGUUAAUUUUUGCUUUUUUCCGCCAUUGAUUUGGACUGCAUUUUGGAAUUAGGGACUACUAUUUUUGGCUCAACGACAAAUGCACGUAUCUCCAAAGGAAAACUAAUGACAUAUACGUUGUUUCUUAAAUCAGCUAGAAAUAGUAGUCGUUUAUUGCAAAAUGCAGUCCAUUUGUUUUUGGCCGUAAAAAUAUUGCAAGUGAGUCUUUGCAUGAUUAUUACGACGAAGACUGAAGUCCUCCCUGUAUUAACUCGUCAUUUUACAUAAGGAUUUGCAGAUUUCUUUUAUGAACAGAUUCACCAUAUUAAAUUGACCCCUUUGUCAGAUUAUGGUUUCAUACUUCACAUCUGCUCAAUAUUCUUUUUUCAAGAAUCUAUAGGUGUCGAAUCAAUGGAAAAUUGAGGAUGAUUUUAUCCUAAACUCUCAGGGGGCACAAAAGACUUUUCAGUCUAUUUCAAUCCAGAUGGUGUUCACAAGGGUUCGUUUAAGAGACGAGUUUCCCCAUUUUUCUCUCGGAGACAUUUUAUAACAGGCUUCUGUAGUAAUUUUCAUUUUAAUUCAUGCAUUUCUGAAAAAUUAGAAAAAGCAGUUAGUUUACAGUAGAAGAAGUACAGUACUUAGAAAGUACAAGAACUUCUUCGGAUUUCUAUAAACGCUUUCAACUAACAAAGGAAGAGCUUAAAGUUGAGUGUCUUAAGCUCCCAUUCAAAUGUGCAUUACCAAGAAAGACAUGACAUAGAGACAUUGUUUUACAAAAUUCUAUAGAAUGCAAUGAUUUCGGUGGAGAAAAAUACAGAAACUUACUUCUGGAGCAACCCUUAAUUGAAGGAUGAAUACGCCUUAUUGCUCUCAUCUCAAACAUUUCUAGUUACAUGAAGUUUAUUUUCUAUAUUUCAAUCCUAUAAACUUCUAAAAUAACGUAAAUUAGGUCAUUUGAUAAAUUCUCUUUUGUUCACAUAGACUGUGCUCCCUGUUAUAAGUUCCUUUAGUUUUUUCUUUUUUUGCAAUUUUAUUUGUUUUAGUGUUUAUUGGCAAGCCACAUAUUUCUCUUAUCUUCUGAAUAUUUUUUAUCAGUACCAAGUUUCUGUUUAAUAUCACUUACACCUCACUUUUUUGGUAACCAGAAUGUUGCUCUUCUUGAAGCAUUAUGAUGGCUAAAGUUGAAAAAUGCUUAUCAUAGAAGUCUCCGCUUAUGUCUUACUUCCAUUUAAAAGAAAACUAACCCACAGUUUCUUCUGAAGAUUCUGUGAUUUUACUUUACUCCUUCUAAAAAAAAAAAAGUCACUCAAAUUGUCAGGAGAAAGUUUGAUUAUUUUUCCUGAAAGAAAGGAAAUAUAAUUGGAUAUUUUUUAAACAUUGCAAUUGAGAAAUGAUAUGCAUUUAGCCAUAGAUUAUGCUCUACUGGUUCAACUUUUUCCGAUCUCUGCCUGAAACUUUGUGGAUGGUUUGAUCAGUAUCUGUAAAGAAAAAGUUUUAAGACUGUGAAACGCAAAAAUCAAAUGGUGUCAGAUGAUUUUAGAAUCUAAGUUGUGAAAAUAAGAGUUUCGUGUAAAUAUCUUCUUUUUUUAGUAUUUUGAGAAAUGACCUGUUGAAAGACAUUACUCAUUAAUGAUGCAUGUUUUACCCAUUCAAUCUGAGAUAUAACUGAUAAAGGUGCUAGAAGAAAUUAAAUUUUCUUCAAUUCAAAUUUCAAUUUUGAUUUAAAAGUACAUUUUUAAGAUUGGGGCUGGCAAAGUCAACAUUGUAUUUGUCUGGAAAGUUGAGAAAAAUAGUCAAAAGAAGGGACUUGCAAAGGCGUUAGAUGAUUUCUAUAAUUUAUAGGGUGCCCAUAGGUCUGGAAAAUCAGGAAUUGUCAGAUCAGGGAAUACUGGGAAAAGUCAGCUCCGAGUUACAUUCAGAAUAGUUAACAGAGGAAUAAUACUCGAGGAGGAAUUGCAGUUUUUAUUAUUUUUUUAAUUAUUAAUGUCUAAAGAAAAAGGGUUCACAUGUUUCAGAAAAUCGUAGUAAAAUGAGUUCCAAAUUUUUUUUUAAUUUUCAGUUCCAGGCCUGCAAAUUGUUGAUGAGAAAAAUCAAGGAAUUUUUUCCCUUGAGUCUGUAGACACCCUGAAUUUAAUUAAGAGUUCCUCAUGGAAGAAAAAGUUCACACGACAAUCAGAUGUAUUAUGAUCGGCAAUUUUUUUUUUCUUCCUUUCUUUUGUCAUGAUACAGUCAAUUUGACAUUCCAUUGCAAUAGUUUUUUUUUCUUUUUAUUUCUGUUGUAUUCGAUCAUUUUUUUUUUUUUUCCACUCACUUCAAUUCGAACUGAAUCAAUAAGACGCUAUGUGUUUAAAUUUCUGCCUCUUGUCAGCAAUCUUGAUUGAAACAAUGCUCUCUCUACCGCUUAAAUAAGCCCCUUUGCCUUUCCUUUAUUCAGUUGGCUACUCACUGUAUUAGACUGUAAUUGAUCUUUCUUUUUUCUUUUUUUUCUCUCCACUGUCUUUACAUAGUCUAGUAAUUUUGCAAUAGUGAGAACAAUGUGCUUUUAUCUUCUUUUUUUUUACAAUUACAUGCCCUGAGGUGAAAUGGAAAGUCAAUUCAGAACCUUCUAAAUAAGUACCAAAAGCUCUGAUGAAUUCUCAGUAAUUACUUAGUAAUCAUGAACAAAGAAUUUAUUCAUCCAUAAAAACCUAAGAUUUCUGUCUUUGAUUUCCGAUGAAGCUAACUUUAAUUGCAAGAAACUCUUUGAUUAUGUAAUGACAUUGUGGUAUGGUUAUUUCAUUCAAGAAGUAAUCUGUUUGAUGUUAGAAGUUAUAUUUCAUGUUUAGGUGUUUAUGUUAUCUGGAUUGAUUUUAUCUCAAGUUUUAAUCUCAUAGGUAAAUUUUUAAGAAGUCCACUUUUCUUGCCUUUUGGUGCCCAAAGAAGAAUUGUAUUUGCUUCUAUGUUUUGCUGAUUGCCUCGUUUCCUUCUCACAGAGCAAUUAAAAUAUAAUGGAAUCUCUGCAGAAUUUAACAUGCGACUCUAGAGCAAUUAUCAAUGAUAAUUGGAGCAGUUAUAUUUUUACUAUCGGUCUCAUUAUUGGGAAACUUUUCUCUGGCAAUAUUCCGUCAAUCUUAAUUUUUUUCUGAGCUUUUAUUUUCUUUCUAUCUCCUUGAAGACAGCUGUAAAAUUUCUCUCCUAGUGAUGAACAAAAUUCAUAUUUUAAUUUUUUUUAACCUCUAAAUUUGCCAUCGGUAGCUUUAAUGAUAUUUGCAAAAAGAAUGGUAUUGAAUUACCUGAAUAGUGAUCUGCACUCAGAAUUUCUGCCCGGAAAAUUUGAGUUAAUAUGUUUCGGAAAAGUCUCUCUGUGAAAGUUGUUAAAACUAAUUUUUAAAAGCUGCACUUUUUUCCACUUAAGCAUUGUUCUAGCAGUGCUUGAGUCUGCGUACUUGUAAUUAAAAUUGAUAUCUGCUUUAAUUGCUGUCUAAACUUUUUUAAUUACUGAAUUCGUUGAUGAUUAUUUGUUCACAUACAUUUUUCAAUGUACCUAUUCUUGAAAAGCCUCGGGCUGGAUCUAAAAUAUUAGAGCUUCAGCCAUCAUGCACCACCAGAUCAAACAAUCUGGAAUUUUUUAUUCUGCAAGAAACCUCAAUCUUUAUCUGUGUUAACAUUUGUAAAAUUUAGUGAAUGCUAAUUAAUUAAUAAACUUUGGUCCCUCAUUUA